CAUCAAUCCAGGCGUGUCCAUGAUCAACACAAUAGUUAUUAUACACUUAACCUUAAAGAUGGGGGUUCAUCUGUGAAUGACUGAAAGAAGGGUGGUGUCAAGAAAAGACUCGGGAGAUUACAGAAGGCUUCAUAUCAGUGUCCCCCAGUUUAAAAUAUGACAUUACAUUUAAAGCUGCAAUGUCACUUAAAGGGGUUAACAUGACACAAUAGAUAAUUUAACAUUUGUUGCAAAAAUGCAAAUCUCCUGAAUUAUAAAUGUCUUUAAAAUGACCAAAACCAGCUACCGGUGGUAUUUUUAAAUAAAACACAGAACUACAAGCCUCCCCUGAAUGACUGUAAAGUUUUAGCGCAUAUGGACUACAUUUCCCACAAGUCAUAGCGGGGCGUCCUGACUAAACGUAUCUGCAGGGGGGGGGGGGUAGAAGAUCCAUCCGGGUCUCGCAGAUUCCUGUUUGGCGACCCGUCGCCAUUACUGAAAGCUCUUUUCAAGGGACCUGAAAUUUUGGACAAAUUCCUUUAAUUUGCACGUUUUCCAGCGUUUUGGAAAACGUCAAACGCCUUGGUUGGGGCGUGGUGUUUCCGCACUGAGAAAAAAAGACUUUUUUUUUCUUUCGGGGUCUUGGCCCCGGCACGGUGAGCUUUCGUCCUCCUCUCCCAACAGCCUCCAUAACUUGAGACGCCGAAAUUGUGUCUCUUGUUUUUCUCAAGUUUGUCGUGGCUGUCAAGAUGUCGCCGUGAUGGGGUCUCCGCGUUGGACAGAAAUGAACCAGGGCCUUCGUCGCCUGCCCCGCACUCACUCCAGGUCGCUUUCACCUCCCGUUUCUCCGUUUGAUGCCAAGCGUCGACGCUCUCACCCAGGAGCCCGGCCUCAGACCCUCAGCACCCCUCAGCAAGGCAAACAUGGAGAAGAACACCAGCAGCAGCGCCAACAGCAGCAAGGCUCCGCCUCGUUCCAGCUCGACGGGACCGACACCUGGGGAAUCUAAACCCAAAACAGAUGGUAAGAAUAAUGGAGGAUCCAAGCGCUACAACCGGAAGCGUGAGCCCUCCUUUCCUAAAAGCGACAGCUUCCCAGGUCCACGUCGCACCAAUUCACAGAAAAGCAAGAAUUUUGACAAGAGACCCCCUCAGAGAGGUGGAGGGCGACAAUAUGGAGCUACAGGUGGAGGACGACGUGAUGAGGUAGCAGAGACGCGCCGGGCUGAGUUUAGCCCGGCUCAGUUUGCUGGACCCAAAAAGAUAAGCCUGAAUCACCUGCUGAACUUCACCUUUGAACCCCGUGGGGGCAAUGGUGGCAUUGGAGAAGUAGGCCACUCCUGCUGGGGCCGCCGCAACAAGUGGGGCCACAAGCACAAGCCCUUCAACAAGGAGCUUUUUCUGCAGGCAAAUUGCCAGUUCGUGGUGACUGAUGAUCAAGACUACAAGGCUCACUUUACUGACCCAGACACCCUGGUGAACUGGGACUGUGUGCAGCAAGUGCGUAUCUACAGCCAUGAGGUGCCCUCUUGUCCCAUCUGCCUCUACCCUCCUGUGGCAGCUCACAUCACUCGAUGCGGACACAUCUUCUGCUGGCCGUGCAUGCUGCACUAUUUAUCUUUAAGUGACAAGAGCUGGUCCAAAUGCCCCAUAUGUUAUGAGGCAGUUCACACCGGUGACCUGAAAAGCGUUGUUGCUAUGGAGACCAGGCAGUAUGCAGUUGGUGAUCUCAUCACCAUGCGCCUGAUGCGGAGAGAGAAAGGGGCUCUUGUGGCUAUGCCAAGCUCUCAGUGGGUGAAAGUGGAAGAACCUGUUCACUUUGGAGACAUGGCUCUUAGCCAGUACUCCAAGCUGCUGUUGGCCUCACCAGCACAGGUGCUGAGCCUAGUUUCUGAGGAGAAAGCUGCCCUGCAAGCUCAGCUCAGUCAGGAGGAAGAUGCACAGGCCUGUUUCAUCCAAAGUGCCCUCUGUCAUUUACAGGAGCGAGAGGAAGCUUUGUUGAAGCAACAGAGGCCAAGCACUGGUCACAGCCUUGACCUGUCCUCUCUAACUCUGGAAGAGUCUCGUGUUGAUGAGGUGGUGACCACCACCCUCAGCAGCACUAAGUAUGUGCUACAAUACUCUUCUGCGUUUGACGAUGAGGUGGCAGAGCCCCCAGAGGAUUCUGCUGGAGAGCAGCCAGAGUUCCCUGAAGGCAUCCUCGAAAGUGUGCUUGAGGAACCUCCCGAGGCUGUUGUGGAUGCGGCCCAAGAGCCCCAGCUGACUGAGGUGAACCAUCACAGCCACGUAGAGCCAAGCCGCCUGCCAGCCAAUGUGGAGCAUGGACCCUACUACUAUUUUUACCAAGCUGAGGACUGCCAGCAGAUGUUCCUGCACCCUGUGAAUGUACGCUGUCUGUUACGUGAAUAUGGCAGCUUGGAAGCCAGCCCCAGUUCUAUCACUGCCACAGUGGUGGAAAUAGAGGGACACACAGUCACUGAAGAAAUCCGCAGAAGACAUCGCUAUCUAGCCCACCUGCCACUCACAUGUGAGUUUAGCAUCUGUGAGCUAGCCCUGCAGCCCCCCAUUCUGUCCAAAGAAACUCUGGACACUUUUGCAGAUGAACUUGAGAAAAGAAAGCGCCUGAGACAGAAGAAAGCAAGGGAUGAGAAACGCAGGGAAAAGCGCAUUGAAAUUGAGGAGAACAAGAAGCAGGGUAAAUACCCAGAGGUGCAUAUCGGGCUGGAGAACCUUCAGCAAUUCCCAGCAUUUGGUUCACCUCCUAAUAAUACCUGUCCCCUGAUCCAGCCAGAUGUCACACUGGCCCCUCCCUCACCACUCAGUUGCAGCCCCGCUUCUGGUGGAAUGAUGUUUCCUUGCCUGAAUGGGCAAAACUCCUCAUUUGUGGUUGGUAGUGUGGAGGAUGACUCUCACUGCAUGUCCUUUGCACAGAUGCUAAGAGAUGGUAAGGCCAGAGUUGAUGUUGGGCCCAGGAUCACUCCAAAGAAAGAUAAGCUUCUGGCUCCGCCGGCAGCAGACAGUGAUGGAGAGAGUGAUGGGUCAGACCGUAUCCCGGUGCCUAGCUUCCAGAACUCUUUCAGCCAAGCCUUUGAGGAGGCCCUUCUGCAGCUGGACCAUGGUCCAACUUCUUCUCCACAGCCUGUAGUUGUCCCUGAUGAAAAAGGAGGAAAGAAGAAAAAGAAAAAGCAGAAACUUUUGUUCAGCACAUCCAUGGUUCACACGAAGUAGACAACACUGAAGUUUAUAAUCUUCAUUUACCAUCUGUUUAAGUUGAUUAUCUACCAUUGCCCCAUUUUUUAUAUUGGCGGGAAACUAUAACCAAUGGAGAUGGGUUUUAGUAUGUAGCCAACGUUUGCUACAUUAAAGCUGCUUUAAUCACUGUUUUAUGCUUUAUCCGCUCUGAUGAUCCAUUGGUGGGAUUCAUGCCAUUAAGCUUAAUUCAAAUAGAGUACAACUGACCUAAUAAUUUGCAGUAACGUUAUAUACAUAGAAGGCCAAGAAGUAAGAGGGCCAUUUCACCUUGUAAAGGUGGAAGAUAAAAUCACUAAAAUGUUAUCACGGUAUCAAGCUACAGGCCCAUGGGGCGUCUGGGAAGCGUAGCGGUCUAUUCCGUUGCCUACCAACACGAGGAUCACUGGUUCGAAUCCCCGUGUUACCUCCGGCUUGGUUGGGCGUCCCUAAAGACACAAUUGGCCGUGCCUGUGGGUGGGAAGCCGGAUGUGGGUAUGUGUCCUGGUCGCUGCACUCACGCCGCCUCUGGUCGGUCAGGGCGCCUGUUUGGGGGGGGAGGGGGAACUGAGGGGAAUAGCGUGAUCCUCCCACGCACUACGUCCCCCUGGCAAAACUCCUUACUGUAAGGUGAAAAGAAGCAGCUGGCGACUCCAUAUGUAUCGGAGGAGGCAUAUGGUAGUGUGCAGCCCUCCCCGGCUCGGCAAUGGGGGUGGAGCAGUGACCGAGACGGCUCGGAAGAGUGGGGUAAUUGGCCGGGUACAAUUGGGGAGAAAAAGGGGGGGAAAUCCAAAAAAAAAGCUACAGGCUCAUAAUGUGUUGCAGAAUAUGAUAAUGGCUUCCAAUGGAGAUGCUUAGAUACCUUGCUCACUUCAGUUAUGGUUGAUGAGCAUUGCCUGGGUUCCAUAUGGAUGACCCAGAAUUUAGGCUGCAGGGUUCACAAGGGUAAUGUUGGGAAAGAUGUUUUGCGGGUGCUUUUGUAUUUGAGUAGCAGUCAGCCAGCUGCAUCUGCAUUACACCCUCUGAACUCUUCCAAGAUACUCUUUGCCCAGUGAUCAAACAUUGUUCAUAUUGACAUUCCUUCUUAUAAAAAUAUAUAGUUUAUUACAGAAGAACCUAAGCUAACAUACUAUCACCUCCCAAAAUGAAAGAGAUUACUUUGGGGGUAGUUGCUUUGAAAGGAAAGCCCUUUGAAAUAUUUUCAAACAUGUCAGUCAACUUUGAUCUCAUACCAUUAUUAGGAUGUAAAAGCAGUAUUGUUUUAAGGAGAUUUAAGACUGUGGGUUGAGCACAAGUAUAUUCUGCCUGGUUAAAGUGCAAAUAUGCACUUUGAUCUCUUUAAUUCUCAUAUUUUCAUUGCGUCAUCUCACCUAUUGUAGAAAUCUAAACAUUACCCUGAUCUGAGUUCAGUGUUGCAAAACGUGUGAAACUAAAACUUUGCUGACAUGUAAGGUUUGCUUGUUCAACAGAAAAAAAGUAAAGUUGGGGUGUAAAGAUUUAGACGUUUUGUUUGAGGGUUCUUAUGUUCACCUUUAAUUUUGAACAGGUCUGUUGGCUAGUGAUUGUAACUAGCCUUUUGAACGAAUAAAGAAUUAUGCACAAUCAAGAAA